GAGGAGAAAGGGACCGAAACUGCAGCAGGAGGAGCUGAGGUUAGGUGGCUGGAACAGCUAACAGGAACUCUUCACUGUUAACCUGCCUGGUCGAGACUCUAGGGAUCUUCGGAUUGAAGCGGGAUUUCUACAAAAGCAAGGGGCCCAGAGGGAAAUGAAUUGUGAGGGCUACGGCAGGAAUUCCUGUCAUUGAUGAGACCCACGCCAGCGCUCGCCGCACAAAGCUCCAGGAACCGAGAAAUGGGGGUCAUGAAAGAGCCACUUUUCUGACAAAGAUACUACAACCGACCGAUCUUUCAGCUGCUGGAGAAGUCUCCAGACCCGGGAGGGCGAGUGUAGGGCACGCGAGGCUCAGUGGAGUAGCGGCGGGGGCGGUGCCUCCGGCCCAACCUCACCUCAGACUUAGAUAAGCGGUGGCGGCGCUGCAGCCAUGGAGGGAGGCGGCGGCAGCGGCGGCGGUGGCUCGGGAGGCUGCGCCGGGAGACGGCGGUGAGCGGCUCCCACGCCCCUUGCCCGGCCCCGGUCCCCCGGGACGGAGCGCCGAGCAGCCCCGGCUCCGGGCUACGGACUAUGGGCGAGCAGCGCUGAGCACCGGCGGAAGAGCUGAGAAUGAAGCGGAGAGCAUCAGACAGAGGAGCUGGGGAAACGUCGGCCAGGGCGAAGGCUCUAGGAAGUGGGAUUUCUGGAAAUAAUGCCAAGAGAGCUGGACCAUUCAUCCUGGGUCCCCGUCUGGGCAACUCACCAGUGCCAAGCAUCGUGCAGUGUUUGGCGAGGAAGGAUGGCACGGAUGACUUCUAUCAGCUGAAGAUCCUCACCCUUGAGGAGAGGGGCGACCAAGGAGUCGAAAGCCAAGAGGAGAGGCAAGGCAAGAUGCUGCUCCACACCGAGUUCUCGCUGCUCUCCCUCCUCCACACGCAGGACGGGGUGGUCCACCACCACGGGCUCUUCCAGGACCGCACCUGUGAAGUGGUUGAGGACGCCGAAUCCAACCGAAUGAUUAAGAAGAUGAAGAAGCGCAUCUGCCUCGUUCUUGACUGCCUCUGCGCGCACGACUUCAGCGACAAGACGGCCGACCUGAUCAACCUGCAGCAUUACGUCAUCAAGGAGAAGAGGCUCAGCGAGCGGGAGACCGUGGUCAUCUUCUACGACGUGGUGCGCGUGGUGGAGGCCCUGCACCAGAAGAACGUCGUGCACAGAGACCUGAAGCUGGGGAACAUGGUGCUCAGUAAGAGGACGCAUCGGAUAACCAUCACCAACUUCUGCCUCGGGAAGCAUCUCGUGAGUGAAGGGGACCUCUUGAAGGACCAGCGUGGGAGCCCUGCCUACAUCAGUCCAGACGUGCUCAGCGGCCGGCCGUACCGGGGCAAGCCCAGCGACAUGUGGGCCCUGGGCGUGGUGCUGUUCACCAUGCUGUAUGGCCAGUUCCCCUUCUACGACAGCAUCCCACAGGAGCUCUUCCGCAAGAUCAAGGCCGCGGAGUACACCAUCCCCGAGGACGGACGGGUUUCUGAGAACACCGUGUGUCUCAUCCGGAAACUGCUCGUCCUCGACCCUCAGCAGCGCCUGGCCGCCGCCGACGUCCUGGAGGCCCUCAGUUCCAUCAUCGCGUCGUGGCAGUCCCUGUCUUCUCUGAGCGGGCCUCUGCAGGUGGUUCCUGACAUCGACGACCAAAUGAGCAAUGCAGACAGCUCCCAGGAGGCAAAGGUAGCCGAGGAGUGCUCCCAGUACGAGUUUGAGAACUACAUGCGGCAGCAGCUGCUGCUGGCCGAGGAGAAGAGCUCCGUGCACGAGGCCCGCAGCUGGGUGCCCAAGCGGCAGUCGGGGGCGGGGGUGCCACCCGUGCGCCGGCUGGGUCACGACGCGCAGCCUGUGAACCCCCUGGACGCGGCCAUCCUGGCCCAGCGCUACCUGCGGAAAUAGCAGCCUCGGGCGGGGGCACCGGCGCCCACCCACCACCUCUUCCCGGCCCCCAGCCAGCGGCCCUGCCGCCCCGCCACAGUGCUGAACUCUCUCCCGGGCUGCGCCGGGGGCGGGGCAGGGACAGCCCAGGUCACACGUGGGGUCAGCAGAGGUACCGCGAAGCUACCUUUUGGAAUGAUUGCUUGAUUGUUUGUUUUUUUUAAUCUGAGAAGCCUAGAUAACUAAUCUGCUUUUAAUCAUAACGUUUUAAUCUACCUCUGUCUCUUUAACCAUGCUGUCUCUGGACUGAGUGAGGAGGAGGAGGGAGCCCGCCCGCCACCAACCCCCACCCCACCCCCUGACCCCCAGGGGGCAGCUGCCCCCCAACAGUCCACAUAAGCUGAAAGUGCAGCUCAUUGCUGGGUCCCCACAAGAACGCCCACUCCCCACUGCCCUCCCAGGCCCCUCACAGUCUGUUUUCAUCCCUCCCCUUCUGACCCCAGGCCCCUCAGUCCAAGCUUUGGAAAACUCUCACCUCAUCUUAAGCGGAAUCAAAUAUAUUUAUUUUUGUACUGAAACCAGCUUCUCUGCCAUCUCUAGGUGGUUCGGCCCGUGGCCACUCGCUGCCCCCAGCCUGGCUGGACAGGAGGGGAGCCCACAGCCCCCAGUGGGCCCCUUCCUCAGCCCCGGGCUCAGAAGCCCCUUCUUGCCGGCCCCCUCCAUCUCCAGCCCACCAGUCCCUCCUUGUCUCCGGUGAUGAGGAAGCCUAGGCUGGCUUCUCUUUCUCCCAGCUCAGCUUCUCUGAGGUGCUGUACACCUGCAUUAGCCCCGGUUUCCUCCUCCACCCCUCGCCAUGGUACCGAGGUGACGCUGACCCGGAUGGGAAGGGGUGCCCUCGGCCAGCUGUGAGCACGGCCGGCACCCCUCUGUGUUCAGAGAAAAGCAGGGGCAUCUCCCCCGAUGCCCCUUCCUCGUAACAGAGGUGGUGUCUCUCCCAGCAGACCACCAGUCGCCAGGGUCCUUCCUGGGGGGCUGCAGGGCUCACGAGGGAGACCUGUAGGGACCGGGGGCCCUGCCUGGCUUGAGAACAGCCCCGCUGCCCUUUUGAGCCGAGAUUUUGAAGUGGAUGCCCGUCUUGCCAGAAAACCCUGUUCUCACCAGAAUGCCCCCCUGCCUGCUCUCCCGCACUGGGCCUGGCCCUGCCCAGUGCCAAGCAGAGGCCCUCCCCUGACCUGCCCGCCCCCCCCAGCCCUUCAGAGCAGCCGAGUGUCCCCCUCCAGGCCGCCUUGGGCCCUCGGCCCUGCCCUGCCUGCCCAGUGGGGGAGGGGACCGAGGCCCGUGUGACCUUGUUCCCCGGCGUGUGAGCUGCACCCUCCCCAAAAGCUGACUCACUGUGAGUGACUUGGGCAAGGUCCCAAAAAAAAAAAAAAAAAAACCUCCUUGUGCCUCAGUUUCCCCAUCUGGAAAAAAUGGGGCCACCUCUUGCCAGCAGUAGCAGGGCCGCCCACACCCCCUUCCUCCCCCCCAACCCCGGCACGCGGGCGCCUCAGCCUCUGCCUCAGUGGGUCCGUGGGAGCCCGCCUGAGCCCAGCACUCGCCCCCCCUGAGCACCAGGCCGGCCCCCCUCAGCCAUCCUGAGAGCCAGGGUCUCGCGCGGGUGGGGUGGGGGUGGGAUGCCCUCUUUUCUAUAUUUAUUUCAAAAAAGAAGUCUCCUAAAGGAGUGGAAAUGCAGUCCCGCCCAGGGCUCCCAGCAUCCGUGACUGUCUUUCUGUGAGGGCCUCACCCGAGCCCCUUGUCCAGCAGCCCGCCCAGACCCUCCAGGCCCGCUCGCCUGGUGGUCCUUCUCCUUUUCAAAGCAAUAUCCUCCGGGUCCGCAAAAGCCUGUCAGACAGACUGGUCCCGUCCAAGGUCAACCCAUCCGUCUGAUUAAUUUCUGGCAAAGCAAACGAAAGGAGGCUGGGUCUGCCCUCACUGGGUGUCACACGCUGAGAGAAGUCCUACUGUAAAGAAAAAAAACGGAAAAAGUCACAAAAAAGUUUGUAUAAAGUCAUAUUUUUGUACUACAUGGGGACUCUUCCUGCAUGUCAGCAAUAAAACUUCCUG